CAUAAAGAAAAAAACUAAAGAUUAUAUCUCAAGUCUAAAUACCACUAGUCAGUGGUUCUUCUAUAGUCUAUAGACAAUAGUAUUGUCCAUAAGAAUAUUCUAAAAUCUAAAUUCACAUUCGUGAACAGGUUACUGGAGUGAUGAUCGAAAAUAAUUAUUUCUGAUUUUUAUUUUUUCAUGAUUCAUGACCAAGGCAGUAGAUAGGUACUCACUAGUCAGUAGUCACUAUUCGCCAAACGCUAUACUGCCAUACUGGUCAAUGGUCAUUAUCAACUGCCACCACGACACGAUUAUUUUUACCACAGUCCACACCAAUAAAGUCUACAGAUAAGUUAUUGAUAAGAAAAAAUGAAUUUACAUUUACCUUCAUAAAUAAUUAAUACGCAGUGUCGCAGUCACAGUUGUAGACUGUAGUCACUAGUCAUACACAUCGUAGAUAUUUUAAUAUCUAUUAAUUCUAUUAAAAUGAUACUAGUUUGAAUGCGUCAUCGAUCAAAAACUCCAGUGUUCAGUGUUUAGUCAAUAGUCUUACUACUUUACUUUUAGUACAACUCUACUCUUUAAUAGCUAAGUUAGUUAUUUUUCCUAGCCUAUUUUAUUGUAAAGUUUAUGAUGAUGAGCAGCUUAAACUUAAACAAAAAAACCUAUAUUUAUGAAUUACCAUAUACUGAACGUAAGGAAUUCUGCAAUAUAAUUGACAUGAAUGAUAAAUGGGAAGAACUAGGCGGAAAGUAUAUGAAAAUUGAUUGUGCAACAUUAUUUAAAAUUAGUAAAGCUCCUAUGCGGAAUCAUUCUUCUACCGAUGAACUUUUAACGUUAUGGGGAGAACAAAAUCAUACAAUAUUAGAAUUGUUUACUAUUUUAUAUGAAAUGCAACAUUACAGAGCAAUGAUUAUACUUAAACCAUUUGUUGAUCCUAAAUAUCAUAAAUUGAUAUAUCAGGGUGAUAAAACCUUUAGUAACCUAGUAAAAACAGAAACUGGCAAUGAUUUAAAUAAUGAAGUUGGCAAUCUUAUAAAAUUGAACACUGACAGCAAUCAAAAAAGAGCAAAUAAUCUAGAACGUGAAGUUUUAAAUACUUCAUCCAAAAUAAAUGAGCAUAUUUAUUCUGAUCCAUCUGUUAUGUUUUCUUCUGCUGAAGCAUGCACACCUUUAAUAACAUACAAUGAACUUGAACAAGCUACUAAUUACUGGAAUAAGGAAAAUAUUUUGGGGAAAGGAGGUUUUGGAGUAGUUUUUAAAGGCAUAUGGAAAAACACUGCAGUUGCUAUUAAACGUCUAGAAUCUCAGAAAGGAGCAGAACAACAAUUUAAUAUUUUAGAAGCUCAAAGACAACAAUCUUUAAGAGAACUAAAAUACUUAAAUUCUUGUAGACAUGAUAAUAUUUUAUCUCUGUAUGGAUUUAGCAUUGGUGGUGAAAAACCAUGUUUAGUGUAUCAAUAUAUGAUCAACGGUUCUCUUGAAGAUCGAUUACAAUGUCGACAAGGAACUAAACCUUUGACAUGGUGUAUUCGUUUUAAAAUUGCAACAGGAUCUGCUAGAGGAUUGCAAUUCUUACAUGGAAUGGAUAAACCUUUAAUUCAUGGAGAUAUUAAAAGUGCAAAUAUUCUUUUGGAUCCAUAUUUUGAACCUCGAAUUGGUGAUUUUGGAUUGGCUCGUGAAGGACCUCUUCAAGAAUACACUCAUGUAAAAGUUAGCCAUGUUCAUGGAACAAGGCCUUAUCUUCCAGAUGAAUUUUUAAGAGGCAAAAAGUUUUCUACUAAAGUCGAUACUUAUAGUUUUGGUGUGGUACUUUUUGAAAUUGCAACUGGACAAAGAGCAUAUGACAGUUUAAGAAAUCAUAAAUUUUUGAAAGACCAUGUUGAAAAUAAUGAUUGUCCAAUUUCUGAUAUGGCAGAUGUGAAAGCAGGACCUGAUGAAAAUAAUGUUUAUCUUUCUCUUAUGACUAUUGGUAAAAAUUGUGUUAGUUAUAAAGCAAAAGAUCGUCCUGAAAUGGAACAAGUAUUAAGGAAAUUAGAUUGUGUCAUGUUACAAGAAAAACAUCAAUCUACUAUCAGACACAGUUAUUUACCAACAUUUCAAUACGAGAUGCAAAUGAGAAAACUUUCAACUCCAUCUGGAUCUUACCAUCCGCAGCCAUGGCUAUUUAGUCCUGUUCCGAGUAACCAAUUGUUAAAACAAAAUACAUCACCUGUACCUCAUUUUGGAGCAUUAACUGUUCCUGAUCAAAUCGAAGGUGUAGUUGUGCCUCAAGUAGAAAUAAAGAACAAUUGUUUUAAAGUAACAAGUAAUCCAGUGUCAACAAGAUCUACAAAUGCCUCGCCAUCCAUUAAUGAAUCACUUUCUGACAGUCAGUUGAUUAAUAAUAGUAAUCAGGAUUCGUCUAGUAUACCUCAAUUUGUUGAAUCUAAACUUCAAACUAGUGUUGAAAAAAAAAAUAGUGCUUGGAAUAAUUCAAUUCCUGGAGAAUGUGAUGAAUUACCAUUGAUAUCAGAACUGCGAUUACAAUCUAAUCAAAACUCUGUAUGAUAAACAAUAUAUUGUAUGUUUUAUUUAAAAAAUUAAUGAUGUUGAAUUUUAAUAUUUUAUUCUCAUAAGCUAAGAUAUUAGACAUUUUUAAAAAUCUAAUAAUAAGUAAUUAAGUAUUUUUGUUACAAUUAUAAUAUUAUGUAAUUGU